AUGGCCGCCACAACGGAGCAAGCUCCGCAACAGCUAAGCGACGCUCUCGUCGCCUUCUCCCUCGAAGGUCGAUUCCCCGACGAUAUCUCCGUGCUACCUCCUGUUUCUGAAACCGACCUACAACCUGCGAUCCAAGCUCUGGCGAAAGCCAAGCGAGAUCUGGAGGCCGAGCUACACACCAUCAAUCAAGAAACAAAACAAGAUGUUGAUUCCUGGGUACGGAAUUCAAAGACUCUACAGGAGGACAUAUUUCGCUCCAAGGCGAUGGCCAAUGAGAUUGAACGGCAAUCUGAAGCUCCUGAUGUUUCCGGCGAGGCGAUUCAAGAUGCCGAGGAAAAGGCUGAGUUCUUGAAUCGGGAAGUCCAGUACAGUCAACAGCUGCACGGCGCAUUGCAAGGCAUCAAACGUGUCAACCAGCUCCUAAGCGAAGUCGAAGCUGCCAAAAAUGAACGUCGCAUACUAGACUCGUUGCGGCUGCUCGAGAAGUCAUGGGAAGCAAUUGACCAAAUUGGUGUAAGCAAAACUUGCCGGGUCAUGAAACUUUUGAAUCUCCGAAGUUUCGAGCUCAAGUCUUCUGUUCAUGAGGUUUUCGAUCAUGUCUGGAAGACAUUGAUUCAUGCGGAUAUUGAAACACGCCAAUUCGCCGUUUACAAUGCUGUGGAGGAUGAGCAAAUGAACCUUUCUGAUGCAGUAGUCGGCCUUCAAGCUUACAAAGAGGUUGAUGAACGUAUGGAGCAGUUAUGGCGAAACGUGGAUGCUGCAAUCAUAUCUCCACGUAUGGAGAUGAAAAACGAGACUUUGCCUACUAUACUGGCAGAUGGAGAGGUCCUCAAGUUAUUUGGGGAAGCGCCAAGAUCAGUCGAUGCCCUGCUCAACGACCUAGAAACAGCCUUCGGUUUUCUCGCCCAAAAACUUCCUGCUGAUCUCUUACCAUCACUUGGUAACUUUAUGAUGGGAGACGUGAUACCCAAGCUUAUUGAGGAGUGGUUGGAGGUUGCAGUGCCUUCAUCGCUGAAAGAAAUGGACAACUUCCAUGCCAUGAUCAAGAGCGCUCGCGAAUUCUGCCAGUCGCUGACUCAACAUGGAUAUACGGGCUUCACAGAUUUACAAAACUGGGUUGACAAUGCGCCGUCAAUAUGGCUUGGAAAGUGUCGUGAGACAACACUCGACUCUGUCCGAUCCAAGUUACUUGGUGGAAUCGGUGAGUCAAAACAGGUUGAGAAGGUCGAGAAGCAAAUGGUAUCCCUGGCAGAAGGCAAAGAGAUCACCAAGACGCCAGGAGGAGCUGCAGCAAACACCGAAGCUGCUGACUGGGGAGCUGAUUGGGGUGAUGCUUGGGAGGAAGAUAAUGAGCAAUCCGAAAGCCAGAACAAAUCUGCCUCAAAGGGCCCGGGCUCUACGAAAGCCGACGAGGACGAUGGAGCAGAUGCAUGGGGAUGGGAUGAGGAGGAUAACACCACCGAGGCCAAGGAUACCAAAGAAGCCCCAGAAAAGGAUGAUGAAGAUGAUAGUGCUGCUGCUUGGGGCUGGGGAGACGAGGACACAACCCAGGAGCCAGUACAGGCAUCGAAACCAAAGGGCAAACCCCCUCAUGCCCAGGAUGAGACUCGGGAGCUCGUGCUAAAGGAGACAUACAGCGUGUCGUCCAUGCCUGAGCCUGUCCUUGAUCUAAUUUAUGCCAUAUUAGAGGAUGGUGCUGCACUAACGAGGGAUGAUGUGGAAUAUGCUCCUGUCGCAGCUACAGCGCCUGGUCUGUUUGGUCUGCCAACAUUUGCAUUGGCCUUGUUCAGGGCCAUCUCACCUCACUACUACUCUCGAAGUGAGGGUGGCAACAUGUUCCUAUACAACGAUGCUAUGUAUCUAGCAGAAAAGCUCUCCGAAUUCGCUGAUGGCUGGAAGAAGCGAGACGACUUAACACCUAGAGCGCGAAACAUGCUACGGCUUGAUAACGACAUCAAGAGCUUGCAAGCCUUCGCCAAUCGGAGCUAUGCCAACGAGAUGAACAUCCAAAAGACCAUUCUUCGAGAUUUCCUUGGCGGGGCGCAAAGCAUUAUGCAGCAAGAUGAGAUGGAGGCUUGUGUCGAGUUGGCUUCGGGUCGCAUCCGUGCCAUGGCUUCUGUCUGGAAACCUAUCCUCGCUCGUUCAGUCUGGACUCAGGCUUUGGGUUCACUCGCCGAUGCUCUCGCGACCAAGCUCAUCACAGACGUCCUCGAGAUGUCGUCCAUCGGUCAAGAUGAGGCAUUCAGUAUCGCAAAAACAAUCGCUAUAGCGACUGAGCUCGACGACCUCUUCCUGCCCAGCACCCUGACAGGAACCGCCAAGUCGGAGGAUGAGGUUCCUCAGACUGCCCAGUACGCCCCUAGUUGGCUACGUCUCAAGUAUCUGAGUGAGGUUCUGCAGAGCAACCUUAACGAGGUGCGUUAUCUAUGGUGCGAAAGCGAAUUGAGUCUGUACUUUUCGGUCUCUGAGGUUGUAGACCUUAUUGAGGCUAGCUUCGAGGCGAACUCGAGGACGAGGGAUACCAUUCGUGAGAUUCAGUCCAAACCUACGCCUUUGGCCGGGCGAUGA